CCUGCAAUUUACAAGCUACCCAGUAGUUUUGCGAACUAGUAGUCGACACGUGGAGAAAGGACUUUAUAACCCAAAAGGUUAUAAUGCAGAAACUGUCUACAAUCCCUGAGUGAAAAAGGUUUCUGCCUGUGACGAUGACAGAUUUUACAAGAGCACACGUGUGGUUACAAAUACCGCAGGAAUUAAGCUUGAGAAAACUAAGAGAAGGCUCAGAGUAUCAAGAGGAACUGAUGUAUGACUUUAAUACAAAAGGAGAACUGAGGCAUCUGAAUACAAAUGAGCCCUUUAUUUUCAAUUAUUACAAGACUGCACCUGAGCAGAAUCACAAGCGCUAUCAAGUUUUGGGACACAUGAUUACUCAAUAUGUUUAUGAGCUCCUGGAAAGAGUCUGCAUGCUGCAAAAGGUUUAUAUUCCUACUGAUGCUACAGAGGAUGAACCAAGAAGUUUCUUUUUCAUGAGCAAGGAUGCAUUAACAAGUUCCUCUAGCCUAAUUGUGCUUCUUCAAGAUCAUGGAGUUUUCCGUGCUGGACAGUGGGGGCAGAGGACAAUUGUCAGCGAGGGCCUGUGGCAUGGAACACAGAUCCCAUUUAAACUGGCCUUCAGAACCCACAUGGGAGUGAUUGUGCUUAAUCCCAAUGACAACUUCACUGCUCUAAAGACUGAAAAAUUAAACACUUCUGCCAGGGAAGAAGCACUAACUUCUACACAGUCUGUCUGCUGGAUCCCCAAAAGGGGCAGCAGCAGCCCCAAGGAACAUACCAUAUAUGUAUGGGAUAAUUUCAUUUCAAAGAGUGUGGCUAAGAAUGUGGCCUUUGUUGCCCAUGGUUAUGGUGGCUUGGUGUUAGUAGAUCUGCUGGCACAGAGAAAAUGGGAGGUAAUGAAUAAAGUGUGCUCUGUGGCAUUCAUUGACUCUAUGCACAACACACAGCACCAGACUGGAAGUGAUCCACAAAUACAAGAAUGGAUGCAGAAAUGCUGCCGUGAAUGGGUGUCGAGCAGGAAGCAUCUAAAUAAAGCUGUAGGCUCUCGCAUGAAAGUGAACUGCCCCACUGUCUCUGCUGGAACAGAAAAGUAUGGUUUAGCACCCUCCUGCUGCCUACGUGCCAUCUUUAAGUAUGUGAAGAACACACUGAAAGCCAAGACAUCAUCUGUCACAACCAGAAGCAGCGCAACAAAAGAGAAGCAACAAAUAAAGGUAUACUGAUUCAUUUUUGGUAGUGGUCAUCUAAGGACCUUUAUCUCAGUGUGGAGCAACUUAAAGUUGUAAAUUUAAAGCUAGUUUGCUUGAUUUUGAGAAACAUAAAACCAAGUUUACUAAUAGGAAAGAAGUGUAUUGUUGAAAGCUUUUAGCCACAAGUCUUCAGCUAGCUGUGGAAUUUAAAGUUGUCCAAAAUCAAGAUGGUAUACCUUAACAACUCUCACCUGUUUUCGUUUUUUGAAUAAACAUUCU